AUGUCUGUUACUGUCCCACCUCAUUAUAACAUCACAAAGGAAACAGAUUAUUAUGAUUAUGGCUGGUGGUGGGAAUGGAUUCCACUUCCACCAAAUAUAUAUAGAGCCAUGAGAAUAUUCUCCAUCAUCUGUCACAGCAUUACCUGCCUCGUUGGUGUUAUAGGGAAUGGUUUAGUCAUCUGGAUCGCCGGCUUCAAGAUGAAAUCAAUUAGUGCCAAAUGGUACCUUAACCUGGCGAUAACAGACUUUAUAUGCAGUGUCAGUGCCGUUGUGCGUAUUGCAGAGUGGAUUUUGGUGGAUGAUUACUAUUUGUGUCCCUUCAGUUUUACUCUGCUCCUUAUUAACAUGCUCACCAGUGUCUAUUUCUUAACCGCCAUAAGUAUCGAUCGCUGCAUAACCAUAAUGUGGCCGUUUUGGGCAAAAAGUCACAGGACAAAAAAAUCAGCAACCACUGUUAUUGUUGUUAUCUGGGUGGUGUCUGUGCUCAUCUCAGUCAAAAGUAUCUUUAUAUAUUUUGAAUUUCAUGAUUUGUUGGAGUGCGCCCCGGAACAAACUGAUUAUUAUCGAGUCUACAACGAGUCCAAGGUGGAGAAGUUUGAAGCACUAAAGCAUCCUUUUCAUGUUACUCGGUUUGUUGUCAUGUUUUUGUUACCAUUUACUAUUAUCCUGCUCUGUUAUGGUUUGAUCAUCUGCAAAGUGGCCUCUGUGAGAAGAAGAAACAAAUCUCAACGGUCGCUGAAGAUCAUCGUUGCAAUUGUCACCUGCUUCUUCGGCUGCUGGUUCCCAUAUAACCUAUGGCAGUUUAUCGCACUCAGGACACGUAAUGAUCACAUUGGUCCCGACUUGAUAAUAAGUUCAGUUUCAGUCUGUUUGGUUUAUACCAGCAGCUGCCUCAAUCCCAUCCUCUAUGUCUUCUUGGGCAGAGAGUUUAAGAGCAGCUUGACAAGGUCCAUACCAGCCAUACUAAAAAAUGUAUUUAGUGAUCCUGAGGACAGAUUGCGCAGGGAAACCGUUGCUACCAACGAAGUUAUUUGUGAGCAAAUUCAUAUGUAA